AUGUCAAGAGUACCAAAUGGAACAAUCGUAGGGAUAAAUGCCAGUCAAUACGUUCUUCAUCCCAAGGCCUUUGGCGGGAAGGUUGACCAGUGUAUAUCGGAGAAGCAACUGCAACGACCAGGCGAAGACACCGAUUUGUUCGAAGAAAGAACGAAGAAGGCGAAGCGAGCAGAUAUGACAUUUUCGAUACGGAUUGAGAACUUGUCUAGGCAAGGACGUCGGUUUGGCCGAGACAAAUAA